GAUGACCGGCCAGCCGGCUCCGUCUUAUUUAAAUACUAGUUCGAGUCGUGCAACCGCCCACACACACUCCCAUACUCUUAGCUUCACCCUCGUCUUCACUCUACAUACCUCGAGAUGACCGUGCCUGCAGUUGAAGUUGCCAUCUUUACCGCAAGCGAAGCAUACAAGAAGGAUCCCACCGUCAUCCUUCCAGCUCUAAAGCUGCUUCAAAGUAUCUCCGGCUGCGUUAGCAUCUGGCAUGGUCUCCAGAUACAGGACUCAUCGCUCCUAUACCUCGUCAUCUUCUGGGAGACGCUCGAUCAUCACCUUGUCUACAUGAAUGACAAGGAAGAGUAUCCGAAGCUCGGUAUCGCCAUGCAGCCUGCUAUUGAGAAGCUUCUCGGCCUGUACCACGUCCGCUUCCCGAUAGACAUCCAGCCCGCGCUCGAUGCGCCCGUGACGGAGAUCGCGCAGUGGACUGUCUCUGAAGGUGCUGACCUCAGCGCAUUCCAGGAGAAGGUUAAGGCGCUCAUUAACGCGGCCCACGCUGGCGCGCCGAACGAGGUCUUUCUUGGCGGUCUUGGCGAGGUUGUUGAGGGAGAGAGAAAGCUCUCAGUCGUCCUUGGCUGGCACAGCUUGGAGCGGUUCGGCGCUGCGAUCCAAAGCAACCAGACGUGCCUUGAUUUAAUAACGGAGUUGAGGAAGCUUGGAGAGUCUGAGCUCAAGCAUGCCAAUCUCCACAAGUACAAUAAGGACUAGUGUUUGAUACGACAUGGAGCUAUGUUAACGAAAGCAGACGCGUGGCAUUUGCUAUCCACCAAUAUAAGACCCAUGUGGCCGAGGUUGUAUAUUUUCCUACAUUUGCAAAGUGAGUGCGUGAUGCGCUUAAGAUAUCUUCUAUCAAUGUCCAAACUUUAGAUUGUGCGGAUGCUGCUUAACGCCUGCUUUAUUAGUGGAAUAAAUUAAGUGCACGUUAGAUAUAGCGCUAUACGC